UUCUGCGCAGAGAAAGAGGCGGACACAUCCAUCCGGCUCGUCCCAGAUAGCGGAUUAAAUUCACGCUCUCUUCUGUUUCUUUCCUUUUUUUUUCUCUCCCCCUUCUUUUUCUCCUCCUCCUCCUCCUCCUCCUCUGGUUUCGUGUUACAAAGCCUUGGGAGGGAGUUGCGCGGAGAGCUCAGUUCCUCUGUGCAGAAACUGAAUGACAGGAUCAUAUGGCUUGAUUUCGCCUCACAGUCCUGAAAACAUUUUUUAUUUUUGAGGAGAAGAAGAAGAAGAAGAAAAAAAAAAGAAAAAUCGAGGCUGUAAAGGAAAAAAGAGGAGAAAGAGAGAGAGAAGGGGGGACCGCGGGGCGAAUUCGUCUCGAAACUGAUGAGGAUGUGGAAUAAUUUAUAACUCCAAUUCAAAAACAAACCCGAGAUAACGGAGAGAGAGAAGGAGAGAGGAAAGAGGGGGAGAAGCGGAUACUGGAUCUGUCGUCAGAACGGAGAGGAAAAGCGCAGGAGUGCGAUCAUCGGCACCGUCGGCGGUUUCACAAGGCCAAUGUGACCUUCAUCCGAGUGUUCAACAUUCAUGUGGAAGCACCCAAGAAAAAACUGAAGGAGAUUAAGACGGGAGCACACAGACGCGCGAGGGAGGAGAAGAAAAGCAAGCAAGCAGCCAGGAGCCGAGCUGCUCUCUCAAGUCCCUCUCAUCAGCUGAUUGAUCCCUCCAUCCAUCACUCAACGCCAGCUCCAACGAAUGGGCGCUGACACAGGAGCCAUGGGUGGGACCAAGGUCUUGCUCCUGGUGUUUCUGGUCGGAUGGGAGAAGUCGCUGGGUCUCAACUGGAACCCAGUCCCACGCAAGACAGUUCGAUACCAGGAUGUGCUGGACAGCAUGGCGAGGUUCAGCGUCCAGGGGGUCUUCAACUACAGCAUGCUGACUCUGUCCGACCACGAGAGGGUUCUGUACGUCGGCGCGCGGGAGGCGUUGUUCGCCCUGGACCCCAACGACAUCAGCAAACAGCUACGGCCACAGAUUGACUGGCCAGCUCCGCAGGAUAAGAAGAGGGAGUGUGUUGCCAAGGGGAAGAACAACCAGACCGAGUGCUUCAACUACAUCCGCUUCCUGCAGAGCUACAACCACACGCUCCUCUACACCUGCGGCACGUACGCCUUCCAGCCAAAAUGCUCUUACGUGAACGCCGACUUUUUUACCCUCACCGGGCCGCUGGAAGACGGGAAGGGUAAAUGCCCAUAUGACCCUGCCAAGGGGCAUACUGGCCUGAUAGUGGAUAAGGAGCUCUACUCAGCAACGCUCAACAACUUUCUGGGUACGGAGCCAGUCAUUCUGAGAAACCUGGGCCUGCAGCACUACAGCAUGAAGAGCGAAUACUUGCCUGCCUGGCUCAAUGAGCCGGACUUUGUGGGCUCGGCCCUGGUGAGGGAGAGCGGCGGCAGUAAGGACGGAGACGACGACAAGAUCUACUUCUUCUUCAGUGAGCGAGCGUUGGAGCUGGACUGUGACACUGAGCUCACUGUGGCCCGGGUGGCCCGCGUCUGCAAGGGGGAUCUGGGUGGCACCAGGACCCUACAGAAGAAGUGGACCACCUUCCAGAAAGCCCGACUGGAGUGCUCCCUACCCGAGCGCCACGUCUCCUUCAACAACCUGAGGGCCGUCUACACGCUGCCGGGCCAGGACUGGCGGGGAACCACCUUCUAUGGCAUCUUCCACGCCCAGUGGGGUGACGUGGAUGUCUCGGCAGUGUGCCAGUACCCAAUCAGUGAAGUGAAGAAAGUGUUUGAAGGAUCCUACAAAGAGUACAGGGAGGCAUCCCAAAGGUGGGGACGCUACACCGGCGCCGUCCCUGUCCCACGGCCUGGAUCGUGUAUAACUAACUCUGACAGGGAGAACGGCUACAACAGCUCUCUGCAGCUGCCUGACGCCACGCUAAACUUUGCCAAGAAGCACCCGCUGAUGGACGACAAAGCUCUUGCUCGCCCCCUGCUGCUCACCAAGGGUGUCAACUUCACGAGACUGGCGGUUGAUCGGGUGAACGCCCUGGACCAGCGUUCGUACAACAUGCUCUUCAUCGGCACAGCGGAGGGCUGGCUGCAGAGGGUAGUGAUUCUGGGCUCAGAGGCCCACGUGAUAGAGGAGAUCCAGCUGUUUGAGACAGGCCAGCCAGUGGACAGCCUGACCAUCUCCCACUCCAAGAAGUACGUCUACAUAGGCUCUCGCUCGGAGGUUCUCCAGCUGCCCUUGGCCAACUGCAGCCGCUAUCAGUCUCUGCAAGACUGUCUGCUUGCCCGGGACCCCUACUGCGCCUGGGACAGCGAGGGCCGGGCUUGUGUCCGCAUCGACCUCCACCGGGGGUCCACCUCCUCCCUGUCACAGGACCUCAUGCUGGAAAGGUUCAGCCGGGGAAAAGCCAAGUUCGACAAGCCCGUUUCCAUCCCCAGCCCUGAGCACUCCCGUCUGAGGAACAUAACAGUAGUGGUGGGCUCUGACAUGGUGCUGCCUUGCCAGCUCGUCUCCAACCUGGCCCAACCCUGCUGGGUUCUCAACGACCGCGAGCUCCAGCUGGGUGACCCUGAAGCAGGAGGGCCUCGCUUCGACCGGACCCUCAAGGCCCUCGUCGUCCCUGAAGCAGGCCAGAUGCAGGCUGGACGCUACAUCUGCUACUCCGAGGAGCAGGGGGUCAAGUUUCAGACAGAGCGCUACCAGGUGGCUGUAGUAGCCAGUGCUCCGGUAUUCAUGGAGGCCCGGGCUCCAGACAGCAGCAUGGGGCUCUUCUGGGUGCUGGUCAUCACCCUUGGAGCGGCGUGCCUGCUGCUCCUUGUGGCAGCUCUAUACCUUCGCAGGAGGCUCAAGCUGGCGCUGGGCAAAGGAGCCGAUAUGAAGCCUCUUGAGAGCACUCUGGUGUACCCCAUAACCCUGCCCAAGGAGCCGCCCACAUUUGUGCCCAGCAAGAUGCCCACAGAUGAGGACCGCUUCUGGGAGACAGGCGCCAACUACUACUACUCAGACGGCUCGCUGAAGAUCGUUCCCGGUCACGCCCUGGGGCCCAGCAGUGUCAGCAGCACGGCGUCGCCCAGUGCCAUUCCCGGCCAGCCCAUCCACUCCCCCAGUCGUCUCAGCCUCACCAACAUCCGAGGCUCCGGUAGCAAUGGCUACAUCCGCCUCAACCUGAGCACAGCAGGGGAGGAGAGGGCUAGCGGGGCUGGCGCUGGGGGCGGUGGGCUCGGGGGCCUGGGCAUGGGCGGGAACGACUACUCCAGCCCCUUCAAGGAAGAGCUGAGACGCACCCUGCAGCAGAGGAGCGUGCUGCCUGAUGCCAACCCAGAGGAGUCGUCCGUCUAGGCAUGUCCUCCUCCGUCUCCAUUCCCUGAGUUGGAAAAACAAAACAACCAACCUACCUCCCUCCUUUUGAGGAUGCCUGCUCUCUCUCUUUCUGUGACAUGCCGUCACUUCCCCAUGCUCUCUCUCUCACUCUCUCUCGCUCUGCCAAUGCCUGUUUGGCUCACUGUAGACAUUAAUAGCACACAGCAUGUCAAAUAUACACACUCAUACAACAUGUUCGCCAACAUGCACUUCUAUUAUUAUUGUGUUGUGGGCAACAUGCAGUCAUGAUUGUGGCUUCUUCUUUCUCCACUGUGCAAUUGCCACUUGUGUAAAUUGUGUAUUUAAAAAGGCUGAACGCAGAGGAGAAACCACCUCAAGCAUGGAAGUGAAACAAAUGGCGUUACAUGUUUUCUGAAGGGCACAUUUCUUUUACGUUGAGUGGACCAAGCGAGGCUUUUAGGCCCUCGCGCUGAAGCCAGCUGACGAACGGCAAACGCAACUGACUGGAAAUACAAACUCUCUGUCCUUGUGUUCCUUUGAGACUUUUUUCAGCUUACUGCACUUAAAAACUGGAAGCGCGUCUUCCCUUUUUGUAUUCGUGAGCCAAGAGUGUGAGAGCAGUAUAAAAAGACUAAUUAAUCUCGAAGCAAGACGACAAUCACAUCCCCGUAGCAGGAGCUGUACGUGGGACCGAGAGGAGUGGAGAGAGAGUGAGAGACAAAGAGAGAGGAAAUUAAAUGGAAAAUGAAGUGAAUUGGAGUGAAAGACACAAGGGGGGUUUUUUGAAUGAAGGACAAUCUCUCAAGACUUUCUCUGCUCAAUUGGUAUUUUUUUCCCCCCCAUGUUGUAUUUACCCCGGAGAAAGUCCUUGAUCCCUCCCACUUUAAUUUGUUGUGAUGGUUGGUUUGAAUUAAGACAUUUUCUUGUUGUUCUUUUUCUAUGUCUUAUGGACUACAGCAGUGUUCAAGCAGUUAUCAAGUGACUAACGGCUCUUCUCUGUGAAUGAAAAUGUGAGGGCAAGUGCUUACAUUCCUCUCUCAGCCCUGCACGGUGACCUUCAAACGCACCUUCGAGUCCAAUAUACUACAAGUGCACUCCAAAUGACAUUUAUUAGAGUCGGAGUGUGUAACAGAUGCGUGUUUUGUUUAAGCUCUUUUGGAUGUUUGUUCUUCUCUCUAGAAAGAGAAGGCUAUUUGCAUUCAGCUCUUAGCGGCGAAACAAUAACUGCACAUUUAAUUCCAAAUUGAAGCUGACGUGAAGACAUUAGGCACAGAGAAUGUAGUUGAACCCUAACUGUUGCGACCGCUGUGGAUGUCUCAAUAAGUGCUUUAUAUCUUAUGUGUUUGGUGAGGGUGGUAACUUGCACUGCCAAGAAGGAAACUACCCCUCCCACACACACACUUACACGCUCACAGUCCUCCUGAAUGCCAACCAUCCUGGACUGCAGUGUGUUUCUAACGCAUCCUAAAAGCCCCGUGGAACCCCUCAUUCUUACCGACGCCCAGAGACUGACCCAGGGCUACUGUGGACUUAUACAGAGGAAGAGCACUGUAAAACACACCAUCAGUAAAAGAAGACACACACACACACACACACACAGUGUUGACGGAUGAAUGGACCGACAGACAGACUGAAUGCUGCCGUGCUGACAAACUGCUGGCUCCAGGCGGGAAGCAGCCAUGAACCAGAGAAAGGGCUGGCUUUUGUUUUUUGGGACGUGUCUGUCGGGACCAGAGGAGCACAGCAAGAAGGAAGGGGAGGACAACCUUGUUUUUCCCCCACUGUGUACAGAGUGCCGAGAGAGAUGUAGAAUAUCAAAACAAUCCCAAGGUUGAAGAGGUACUCAGCCAUCAGCAUCCUAGUGUUGCAUGAUCCUCUGCAAGUGGACUGUCCAUCUUUGAUAUGAUCAUCCUUGUACAAGUGCAUCAUUUUGAUCGGUCACUUUUGGACUUUUACAGACACUGAUAAUGUGGAACACUAAUGCUCUCUUCUGAAAAAAAAUAAAACAAAAAUAUGUCUGAUUUUAUGGUUCAAGGGUUGUACAGGAAUUCAUGGCUGCGUUUCCACAUGUUUACUUUUUCUGUGCCUCUUCACCUUUUGGAUAAGCCAAAGUAGACUGCAGUUGCUUUUGUUCUUGUUAAAUUGCUUAAAUUAAUUUUGUUUGAUUUCAGAUCGAUAUUUAAGUCUCAGCAGUCCGUCCACUUAACUACACUGAGCUGAUGCCUGCAAGCUUUCUGCAUAUUUUAUCUGCGGCUAAAUUUUCCCUGAAGCAAAACAUGAAAAUGGCUUGCGGCUGAUGGACUUCCUGUUUGCUUCCUGUUUCUAUGUCAGUAGUGAUCUGCUGGGCUGAUUUCUUUAUCCCCUUGCCUUCAUGAAAGGAUGAAUAAUGUACCAAAACUUUACAUAUACAUAAUUUAAUGUUUUAGCCCCUUAAAACCAAAUAAGCAUCUGUGAUUCAAAGCAGAUCAGAAAUGGAAUGUGUCCACUUGAUAUUAUUAGAUCCCCUGAAGCAGUCGGCUAAAAAUUUUAGCUCUUUACACUGGUACUUGGUUAUGUCUUAACAUAUUUCCCUUUUACAAUUGGGCUUUUGUUUUAACUAAACAUGUUGCAAAUAAAAAAAAAAA